AUGAUCAUUGUUAGACGCCCUCCUUUUAUGAUGUUGCCUAUAGAUUUGGAAAAUGAUCCCUGGUUGCAUGAUGGUCAAACACCUGUGUUAGCUAUCACGGACACAGAGAUGAUCAAGAAUGUACUAGUGAAGGACUUCUAUUCUGUGUUCACAAACCGACGGAUUAUUGGCCCAGUGGGGAUAAUGAGUAAAGCCCUGACCAUAUCUAAGGAUGAGGAGUGGAAGAGAAUUCGAGCCUUGCUGUCUCCCACCUUCACCAGUGGAAAACUCAAAGAGAUGUUCCCCAUUACUGAACAGUAUGGAGAUAUUUUGGUAAAAUAUUUGAGAAGAGAGGCAGAGAAAGGCAAGCCUCUUACCUUGAAAGAAUGA